GCUAGAAAAUAUGGAAGUAAGACUUUAAGGUGCGGGAAACCUCGGCUUGUAGGUGCCUUGUUCAGGGGCCUCAGGCCUGCAAGCAGUGUGGUAAAGAAAGAACUCAAAUCUCUUGUACUUCUUCCAGUCUUUGAGCCUCUGGCCUCACCUUCCCUUUCCUCACUGGCCACUGUUUCAUUUCUUCAUUCACUGAGAACAUUGUGCAGCCAGAUGAGAACUGCCACUUUCAACCCCCACCCCUCCUCAGUUACCUGUCCUUUGCUGUCUCCAUUCUUCUAUUAUGACACAUGAACUGUCUACUCCUAGCGAAGGCUUACCUGGUCAUUAGACCUCAGCCUUCUCAUCUACUCAAGGGUAAUUCUCUCCUUUCUCAUUUAUAUCAGUUGUUCCUUCUGUUGGAUCUUGAACUUGUACCAUUCAGGCUUUGUAGGGACCAGUAAUGAAAGUCAGUAGUGACCUCCAUGUGGUCAAAUAUAAAUAUAUCCUGCUUGACCCUUCAGUGGCAUCUGAUGCAGACCAGCAAUCUACCUUCUUUAGUCACCUAACUCCUGAAAAAUCACUAUCCUCAGUCUCCUUUCUUGGUUCCUUCUGGGCUCCUUGACCUCUAGAAAUUGGCCAGUGUUUCCCACUAGUCUCAUUGGAGUGGGAGUUUUCCAAGGCUAGUCUGUAGACUUCGCUUUUCAUUGACAUCAUCCCCUUGGUGACCUAGUUCAGUGUCCUGGCUUUAAAUAACAUUUGUAUCCUGCUGACUCAAAUUUAUUUCUCCUGUGGAGAUUUUUCCCUUCAACUCUAGAUUCUUUUUAUUUCUCCUUUUCUCUUCAGGAGCUCCGCUUAGAUGUCUGAUAGACAUCUUUAAGUAUCAUAUCUGGAAAAUUGCCCUGAUCCCUACCCAGUCCUGCUUGUCUCCUCAGCCUUUGUCAUGGAUAACGGUCACGCUGGAGUUCUACUGAUUUAGCUCAACCUCCUGGAGGGACCUUUGAUUUCUGUUACUCUCAUAGUUCAUGUCUAAUCCUACCGUGAAUGCUUUAUUCUCUAUGUUCAGGUUCUAUUCAGAAUCCAACCACUUAGGUACCUUCACAGUGACUACUCUGGACUAGGCCACCCACUUCCAUGAUUCUCAUGAUGACCUUGAGUCAAGUGUACAUAUAGGUGAGAAAAUAGAGGCUCAGAGAGGUAAUGCGGUUUGUCAAUAGCCUCACAAUUAGUAAGCAGGACACGACUAAAUCCAGGGCACCUAAAUGUGAGUCCCAGGGUCCUUUUCUGUGGAACAGUCUUCAUCACUUGCUAUUGAUAAGGAAGCUGAUGAAAAUCAGGAUCGACCUGUCUGUGCUGAGAGGAAGAUGGACAUGGGCAUCUUACAACCAAUUUUUGUAUCUGAAGCCCCUUGAGAGAAAGGAGUUUUCCCAUUUCCAGAGGUGAGCCAAGAUGAGCUUAAUGAAAUCAAUCAGUUUGUGGGACUUGUGGAAAGAUUCUUCGCUGAAGAGGUGGACUCUGGAAAAAUUGACCGGGAGGGGAAAAUCCCAGAUGACACUUUGGAGAAGCUGAAGAGCCUGGGGCUUUUUGGGAUGCAGGUCCCAGAAGCAUAUGGUGGCCUGGGCCUCUCCAACACCAUGAGCACUCGGCUGGGGGAGAUUGUCAGCCUGGAUGGAUCCAUUGCUGUGACCCUGGCAGCACACCAGGCGCUUGGCCUCAAGGGGAUCGUCUUGUUCGGCACAGAGGCGCAGAAGGCCAAAUACCUGCCCAGGCUGGCCUCUGGGGAGCAUGUCGCAGCCUUCUGCCUCACGGAGCCAGCCAGGAACGAUGCUGCCUCCAUCCGGAGUAGAGCCACACUGAGUGAAGACAAGACUCACUAUGUCCUUAAUGGCUCCAAGGUCUGGAUCACCAACGGGGGACUGGCUGAGAUUUUCACCAUGUUUGCAAAGACCGAGGUGGUUGAUUCUGACGGCUCUGUAAAGGACAGAAUCACAGCAUUCAUAGUAGAAAGAGACUUUGGUGGAGUCACUAAUGGGAAACUAGGAGAUAAGUUAGGCCUUCGGGGCUCCAAUAUUUGUGAAGUCCAUUUUGAAAACACGAGGGUGCCUGUUGUAAAUGUCCUUGGAGAAGUCGGAGGUGGCUUUAAGGUGGCCAUGGACGUCCUCAACAGUGGGCGGUUCAGUCUGGGCAGCGUCGUGGCUGGGAUGCUCAGGAAACUGAUUGAACUGACUGCUGAGUACGCCUGUGAGAGGAAGCAGUUCAACAGGAAGCUCAGUGAAUUCGGGUUAAUUCAGGAGAAGUUUUCGCUGAUGGCUCAGAAGGCAUACGCAAUGGAAAGCAUGUCCUACCUCACUGCAGGGAUGCUGGACCACCCGGAGUGUCCUGACUGCUCUAUUGAGACAGCCAUGGUGAAGGUGUUCAGCUCUGAGGGUGCCUGGCAGUGUGUGAGCGAGGCACUGCAGAUCCUGGGGGGCUUGGGCUACAUGAGGGACCACCCCCAUGAGCGCAUGCUGCGUGAUGCCCGUGCGCUGCUCUUCCUGGAGGGAACCAAUGAGAUCCUCCGGAUGUUCAUCGCUCUCACGGGCCUGCAGCACGCUGGGUGUGUCCUGACCCCGAGGAUCAAGAAUCUUAAAGAGGGCAGACUGGCUAUAGCCCUGGAGACUAUAACCCAGAGGAUGUGGGACACCCUGGGCCGAACCGUGGACCUGGGGCUGAUGGACGACCCUGGAGUUGUGCACCCUAGUCUUGGUGACAGUGUCGCCAAGUUGGAGGAGAAUGUGUAUAACUUUGGCCGGACUGUGGAGACGCUGCUGCUGCGCUUCGGAAAGACCAUCGUGGAGGAGCAGCUGUUGAUGAAGCGGGUGGCCAACGUCCUCAUCAACCUGUACAGCAUGACGGCUGUGCUGUCACGGGCCAGCCGCUCCAUCCGAAUUGGACUCCAGGACCACGACCACGAGGUUCUGCUGGCCAGCACGUUCUGCGCAGAAGCUUAUUUCCAGAAUCUCUUCAGCCUGGCACAGCUGGAUAAGUAUGAUCCUGGAAACCUGGAUGAGCAGGUUAAGAAAGUGUCUCGGCGAAUCCUGGAGAAGCGGACCUAUGUCUGUGCCCACCCCCUGGACAGGACGUCCUGAGGCAGGGCCAGCCCUGGGCCACGCAGCACCAACCUCACCCUGACAGCCUCUGGUGAACUGUUACCCCGUGAGGACCAAAGGGCUUUCUUGCCACCUGAUUUUCCUGCAGCUGCCGGGUCAUUCGUGGCUUCUCACAGACACCGAGAGGGUAGAAGUGCUGGGGCCUGACCUUGGCAGCUGUACUGAGUUCCAGACACCUCUGGGGAGGAAGCUAUAGGGCCCUGUCUGAGGCAUGGGCAGCCGUCUCCACCAGAUCACAUGUUCAAGAAACUGGAAGCUGUGUCCAGUUACUUUGGGAAACUUACUAUGUGUGUCAGCAUCAUUAACAGAAAAAUGUAAAAUGGCA